AUUGGGGCGUGGCUAAGGUCCUGUAAUCCGGAAGUAACGUGAAUAGCUGGUUGCAGAAACCGGAAAAGGGUCAUGCGUGUCAAUGAGGAUACAGUGCUGAGAGGGCAGCGGGUUAUCCUUGUACCCUAUGAACCUCACCAUGUGCCCAGGUAUCACCAAUGGAUGAAAUCAGAGGAGCUACAAAAGCUGACAGCAUCAGAGCCUCUGACAUUAGAGCAGGAAUAUGCCAUGCAACGCAGCUGGAGAGAGGACACGGACAAAUGCACCUUCAUCAUACUGGAUGCUGAGCGCUGGAAUAAGGGCUGCCCUGAAGAGCAAUGCAUGGUGGGAGAUGUUAACCUAUUUCUCACUGAUCCCGAGGACCCAUCAUUAGCAGAGAUAGAAAUCAUGAUUGCAGAGCCCAGUUCACGCGGCAGAGGGUUUGGAGAAGAGUCUGUGCGACUGAUGCUAUUUUAUGGUGUGACUACUCUGAGAAUUUCUAAGUUUGAAGCUAAAAUCGGACAAGAAAAUCUGACAAGUAUUCGGCUUUUCCACAGACUGCACUUCAAACAGGUAUCUGUUAGUGAGAUCUUCCAGGAGACCACCCUAGGCUGGGAGGUUACGGACACAGAAAGGCAGUGGCUCCUCGGUGCAAUUCAAAUGACAAUGGCAAGUUAUAGAGAAAUGAAACAGAGUAUGCCAGGGAGCUGAGAACACUGGGGUUUGCCUGAUAAUACAUUGCAGAUCCCAGGAAAUCGGAAUUUGUUUUCUAUGGAGUACAGAACCUCUUACUUUUUUUUUCUGGGACUUAUUUGCCCUCAAAUCCUCACUAAGGACAGUGGAGAUUUUGAGGAGGAGGAACUGUACUCAGGUCACAAGGAAUAGACGUGUCGGACUCAUUUAGACUUCAGUUUGUGGAUUCUCAGUUGUAUAUGGUUAAGGCUACUACAAUUGCAAUGCUAAUAGAAGUGACACAGUAGGACAGUAGUGGAUUUUGAGUGACAAGGAACUCUCCAAUUUUAGAUUGUACGUUGAAAAAAUGUAUGUUUACUAAAAUGUGUUGUUUACAAGAUGACUAGAAUACAUAUUAAACAAUGAAACAACGUG